UUCUACUUGGACGGUGCUACUUCCGUUGUUAGCAUCGAUUUUGUACAUUAAAGCUUCAAGGUUGGACAGGUGCGGUCAGACUGGAGAGGGGGUGCAGUGACACGAUUCCAGGCUACAGUGAAACAGCUGAAAUGGCACAAUCACAGAUCCGCUUGAAAAUUCUCCCCAGUGUUCGCAGCUUCUUUGACAAGAUGGUGCGGGUAAAAGUAGAGGGACUCACUCCUCACAAACCAGUGGAACUGAGGUCCAAACUGGUUGAUGACAAAGGUGUAAUUUUCAAAGCCUCUGCCCUGUACAAAGCAGAUGAAAGUGGUCAGGUGGAUGUCUUCCACACACCCUCUCUGGGUGGUAGUUACACCGGCGUGGAGCCCAUGGGUUUGUUUUGGGCCCUGGCACCAGACGCACCACACACUAAACUCAUGAAGAAGGAUGUGCUCAGCCCAACACGCGUGGCCCUGGAGGCUCUUAAUGGAGAGACUGGCGAGGUUUUAGCAUCUGAAUCUACUGAGAGAGGAUACAUGAUUGAGGGGAUGAAGAGAAUACCUUUACAAGAGGGCAGAAUACGAGGUGUCCUCUUCAUACCACCAGGAAAUGGCCCAUUCCCAGGAAUUGUAGAUUUGUACACUUUUGGUGGAGGUCUUACUGAACCCAGAUCCAGCCUCUUGGCAAGUAAAGGCUUUGUUGUUCUGGCACUGGCUUAUUUUCGUUACCAGGAUCUCCCAAAAAACCCUAAAAACCUGGAUUUGGAAUAUUUCGAGGAGGCGGUCACAUAUCUGAGGAAGCGGCCAGAGGUGAAAGGUCCUGGGAUUGGCGUCAUAUCAAUCUCUCAUAGUGGUGCCUUGGCUUUGAGCAUGUCAUCUUUUCUCUCUGGGAUCUCAGCAACUGUCUGUAUUAAUGCCUGUAAUGCAAACACUGUGCUUCCUUUACACUACAAAGACAUUGUAUUCCCACCACUGCCCCCUGUCAUGGAGAAUGUGAAAUUCACAGAGUCUGGCCUUGCAGAUAUACGUGACGCCUUACCAGACCCCACCAAGGGCAAGAACAGGGCGUCUUUGAUUCCAAUUGAACGAGCCACCUGCCAUUUCCUGUUCGCUGCUUCUGAAGAUGACCACAACUGGAACAGCACGUUUUUUGCCAGUCAGGCAGCUGAAAUUUUGAAAAAGCAUGGCAAAAAAUCCUACGAGGUUGUUACUUAUCCAAAAGCUGGUCACUUUCUGGAUGUGCCGUACAUGCCUUAUUGUUCAUCUGGGUUUCAUCCAGCUGUAGGGAGUGUUGUGGUGUUUGGUGGGGAGCCAAAAGCCCACUCUGAGGCUCAGCUGGACCUGUGGGAAAGAGUCCAGGAGUUCUUCAAGACCCACUUGGGCAACAAGAGCACUUGAUACUGUAUUAAUCCAUCAAGCAUCUCUGAAUGGUUGUUCUUAGAAAUGCUUACCAGUGCCUGUAUUUUCUAAUUAAUAAAAUUGUGACAACUCCAUUAACCUUCUAAUGUUCUGCAUCAGAAACACUCCAACAACCGUUUGGUUUCAGUUGAGGUUUUUUCAGUAUACCACGGGCUUGUAGCAAAAAAUCUUCUAUAGCAAAAAGAAUCAGAGAUUUUGACUUGUCAUGGGAAGGAAAUGUAAAUGGACUGCACAUAAAGCUGCUUGUUUUGUUGGGGUAGGGUGUUGAAUUUAGUGUCAUCCCCACUUCUUGAUGCAGACUCAAGGUCUGAGUAGUGGUCUACGUCAUAAGCCACAGCCAUGAGCUCAAACUUGAUUGUUUUGUUGAAGUAUCUCACAAAAGUAGAAGACACUUGGACUUUUCCUGCAGUUACUUGACAAAAUGUCUACCUAUAAAAUAACCUAUAUAUGAUAACUUCUCCACUGACAUGAUGUUGGUACAGAACCAGUUCUGCUUUUGUGCCAUUUGUAACUUAUUUAUUUAUUUUUUUAGUGUUUAAUG